AUGUAUGGUCCCUACGAUAAAUCUGGUAGACGAUUUUCUGCAGCUUUAUAUACAAGAACUUUAUCAAAUUUGGAGAAGUGUGAUAGAGAAUGGCUAGUAUAUUCGAAAGAGCUCGAUAAGGUAUUUUGUUUUUUUUGUAAAGUGUUUAGAAAAGGGAUUUCUAAAGGUAAAUUAGGUGACGAAGGUUAUUCGGAUUGGCACCAUGUUACUAGUAAAGUUAAAGAAUACGAAAUUUCCUUGGAUCAUCUCACCAAUAGGAAUAAGUGGUUUGAUAUGCGUAAAAGAUUGAACUUGAAUGAAACAAUUGAUAAAGUGCAAUACGAGCAAUUCAAGAAAGAAAGAGAUUACUGGAAACAAGUCCUUUUGCGAAUCAUUGCAGUAGUGAAGUUUCUUGCUAAGCAUAAUUUAGCAUUCAUUGGAUCAAAUGAAAAGUUGUAUAAAAAAGGUAAUGGAAAUUUUUUGGGUGUCAUUGAAAUGUUAGAAGAGUUUGACCCAGUUAUCAAAGAGCAUGUGCGACGGAUCACAAAUGAAGAGCUUCAUGUGCAUUAUCUUGGGCACACAAUCCAAAACGAACUAAUACUUUUGAUAGCUCAAUAA